AUGGUCAUUGCAGUCCAAGAGCACCUGGGAGGGACCAGGUUGUGGAAGAGCCACCAAUGGUGCUCAAGAGGAGAGAACCUGGACUUCUGUGAUGUCACACUCAAGGGAUUCUCCAAGGUACACGUGCUCUAUUCUGCCCGCCAGGUGCAAGAAACAGCGGGACGGCUGCCCUCUGGGGAGCAAGAGAUAGUCGAGAUCAACUGCAAGGACAUCACCCGCAUCCAGGAUGACUGGGACGUGGAAGAGUUCCUCUCGAAAACGUGCAUGGGAAUCUUUCUGCAUCACCCAGCCUUCAAGAUUUUGCUGGCCAGCUUCAUCAUCAUCAAUGCAAUCACCAUCGCUGUACGGACAGAUCCCACGCUAGAAGAGAAAUAUUUUGGGCUGUUCUCUGUCAUCGAUACCAUUGUCCUAGCUUUCCUCAUCUGUGAGGUCCUCCUCAACUGGUACUAUGGAUUCAUGUUGUAUUGGAAGGAUGGCUGGAAUUUUAUCAACUUUUUUAUUGUGCUAUUUCUGUUUGCUGGCUUGAUUAUUCCUGCACUGAACAACAAGACACUCUUCUACAUGCUCAGAGUCAUGAGACUGGUGCAGGUUUGUACCUUGGUGAGUGGCCUGGCCAGGAUGAUCCAGGUGAUCCUGCAGUCCAUCCCCGACAUGGCUAACAUCAUGAUCCUGCUUUUUGCCAUCAUGCUGGUCUUCUCUGUGUUCGGCGUGACCCUUUUUGGAAGUCUUGUUCCAAAGCACUUUGGGAACCUGGGGACUGCUCUGUACUCUCUCUUCAUCUGCAUAACCCAGGAUGGGUGGGUCAGCAUCUAUGACGACUUCGAAAAUGAGGGCCUUGCCCUGCAGAUCGGUGGGGCACUCUACUUCUUCAUCUUCAUCACCUUCGGAGCCUUCAUCUUUGCCAAUCUGCUCGUGGCUGUGGUGACGACGAACCUGGAGCAGUCUGUGGCUGCGUACAAAGAGGAGAAGCACCUGCAGGCUCAUGACCCGUCCACAGCAGCCUAUAUUGGUCUGGAUGAUGGGACAGAUGAUGAUUACCCGACAGGUGUGCCUGAACCUGUGCACUUGAAGGAGGUCAUGCAUGGGACACCCAUGACCCAUCAUCAGGAGCUGCUCAGCUUUGGUAAUUUGGGCAACCUGAACGAUGCCACCUGUGAAGACCUCUGUGUUGUCCUGGAAGCGAUCCACGAGAACCUAAAGGAAUACCGGGUGAUCCGGGAUGAGCUUGACCAGAUCGUCCAAGAGGUGAGGUCCAUCAGAUUCAAUAUAGAGCAGGAGCAAGAGAUUGUCUUGCGAAACAUCCGUGGAGCCAACAUCUCAGAAACCAUGCUGCCCUCCGAUAUCAUACAAGGCAAAACAGAUGUCUUAACUGCACUGAUGAACCUGGAGAAGUCGAACGCGAUCGAUGCGGAAUACCAAAAAGGGGCGGUGAAGCAGGCAGCCUUGAGAGCCCGGAGACAGUCGCUGACGCCUGGAGGACUUCUGGACAAGAGCCACAAACGUCGGGAGAGUUCGCCUGGAGGGCCUGCAGAGAAGACCCAAAAACACCGAGAGAGCAUGUCGGGGGGGCCGCCACCCUCACAGCCCCACAAACGCCGGGAAAGCACGUUGGGAGGUCCUAUACACCUGAGCCAAAAGCGCAAGGAGAGUUUGGCAUCAUUUCUGACCACCUCCAGUUACAGGAGGGAGGAAAUCGCCAGCAAGUCUCUACGAACCCACGAGGUGGUCAAACAGGACCGCAGCUCCCGCCGCCCCUUUAUCGCCUGGCUUCUAGGGGCUCGAGGCUGCCGGGGGCGGAGGAACCCAUUUCCCCCAGAUCCGCGUACUCAGCACGGUGCGUCGGCUGCCAUCAUGAGCUUCAACGCAGACAGCUCGAGCGUCGCCGCCGCCCAGAGGAGUCGACGGAGAAACCUCGACGAAAACCCUCCGCUGGCCGCUUUAAGCGAGAGCACCAAAGCGUGCGAGGAGGACCAUUCCUGGGUCAAUAUUUACAUGGCCCCGCCCACGCCCCGCGAUGGGAGGGCGCGGUGA